AUGGCAAUUAGUAAAGUGUGUAGUGAGUUUACUACUUUUUGGAAGCUUUUUCCCGAUGGAUUGAAUGAUUCUAAAGAAUAUAAAAUUAAUCCUGGAUCGUUCAAGAAAUACUGCCCUGAUGGAAACUGCAAUAACGAUAUCGAUAAGAUUAAUGCUGGAUGUUUACGGUUAAUUUAUGAUUUUUUCAUUAAAUCUGGUUUUUCAGCUGAUCCCGAUACUCUUAAGAGUGAUACAGUAUGCAUUAUAAUAUGGCUAGGUUAUAUUUUAAGCCUAAAGUCACAUGAAGGAAUCAAGACAAUAAACGAUUUUUAUUCUAGUCAUAUAAAAGAUAACGCGGAAUACUCUAAGCAUAAAAUUGGUGAUAAAAAAUAUACCGAUUAUAAGAAGAUCAUAGAAGAAACAAAGGAAUAUAUGGAUAUUAAUAUUAAUAUUAAUGAUAUGUCUAAAUUUUAUGAAUUACUUAAAUUGUUAUGUAAUAUGUAUACUUCUUAUGAUAAUAAUAAUAGUAGCCAAGCUUCAGAACAUGCUGAGAAAUUUGCUAAUGGAUAUACAGAACUCUUUGAUAAUGAUAAUAAUAAUGAGGGCAAUUCAUUCAAUAAAAUAUUAAAUGUUUUAUCCAAUUAUUAUAAUAAUAUGGGAAAAGGUACUCGCUUUAAUAAUACAUCAAUAAAUCGUCCUUCAUUACCAACAGAAAAAACACCCAAAAAAGAUAAUACAGAAGGUACCAAAGUAACUAAAGCAACUGGAUCAUCGAGUGAACCAGAUAGAUCAAAUAUUGCAACGACACCACAAAUUUCUAACAUUACAUUAUCAGAAUCAUCACUAGUAAAUAAAUUAGUUAUAGUUUUACCGAUAUUAGCUGCAAUACCAAUUUUUUUGGGAAUUGCUUAUAAGUAUUCGUUAUUUGGAUUUCGGAAACGAUCAAAAAAACAACAUUUAAGAGAAAAACUAAAAAAAUAA